GUGUCGCCGGCCUCCUCCUCGCCGGCCUCGCCGGCGUCGCCGUCGCUGCGCUGCGGGCUCUGCGGGCGCGGCUUCGGCUCGGCGGCCGCGCUGGCCUUCCACGCCAAGCUGCACCGCGGGCGCCGCGGCCUGGCCUGCCGGCACUGCGGCAAGAGCUUCAUCCACGUCAAGCGCCUGCAGACGCACGAGGUCGGCUGUCGCGACGGGGACUCGGCUGCCGCCGCCGUCACUGCUGCCGCCACCACCACAAUAACCACCACCACCACCGGCGUCACCGGCGGCGCCGCGUCGGCGGCGCCCAAGGCGGGCAAGAAGGCGCUGCUGCUGCGGCACCGGGCGCUGCUGGAGCCGGGCCCGGAGCAGGAGCCGGUGGUGAAGGUGGUGGACGGGCAGGUGCUGUACCUGUGCGGGGUGUGCCACCGCUCCUACAUGACGCUGUCCAGCCUGAAGCGCCACGCCAACGUCCACUCGUGGCGCCGCAAGUACCCGUGCCGCUACUGCGACAAGGUGUUCGCGCUGGCCGAGUACCGCACCAAGCACGAGGUGUGGCACACCGGCGAGCGCCGCUACCAGUGCAUCUUCUGCUGGGACACCUUCGUCACCUACUACAACCUCAAGACGCACCAAAAAGCCUUCCACGGCAUCAGCCCGGGGCUCAUCGCCUCCGAGAAGACGCCCAACGGCGGCUACCGGCCCAAGCUCAACGCGCUCAAGCUCUACCGGCUGCUGCCCAUGCGGGCGCACAAGCGGCCCUACAAGACCUACAGCCAGGGCGCGGUGACGGACGAGGGGGGGGUCCUGCUGCCACCCCCCGCCGCGCCCGGCGGCGACGCCCCGGCGGCCCCCGCGGCCUUCCCGGUGCCGCCGCCGCGGCCGGAGCCGGCGUCGGUGAUCGCCUACGGCCGCGCCGCACCCUCGGUCAUCGUCCGCGGCAGCGGCGCCGCCGCCUCCGUCAUCGCCUACAACGGGCGGGCGGCCGAGGAGGCGCCGGGCGUGCCCGAGGUGCCGGCGGCGCCCGCGGCGCCGGCGGUGCCCAUGAAGAAGCAGGUGCUGCGCGACUACAUCGAGGCCCAGCGCGCGGCGGCCGCGGCGGCCGACGGCAACAGCGGCAACAAUGACGGUAGCAACGGCGCCGCGGCGCCUGCCCCCAACCCGCCGCCCGGCACCGGGACCCCCGCGGGCAGCGGCACCGGCAGCGGCGGCGGCGGCGGCCGCACCAUGACCUACGUGGCCAAGCCGGCAUACGCCGGGUCGGCGGGCGAGGGGCUGUGCCAGAUCACGGUGCGCAUCGGCGAGGAGGCCAUCGUGAAGCGCCGCAUCUCCGGCAACGACCUGCGCGGCGACACCGCCGGCACCGGCACCGCCGGCGACGCCUCGCCCGCCGCCCGCGACGACAGCGACGCCGAGGACCGGCUGUGGCGGCCCUACUACUCCUACAAGCCCAAGCGGAAGGCGGGCGGCGGCGGCACCGGGAUCCCCGGCCUCGGGCCCCCCGGCGUGGCAGCGUCGGCGUCGGCCAAGAAGCCGCGCUGGCGCCGCAAGCUGCGCUCGCUGCGGUGGGCGCCGGGCGACGACGACGACGGCGGUGACACCGGCGCCGGGGGGGACGGGCGGCGGCGGCACGAGCGGCAGCACCCGUGCCGCGUGUGCGGGAAGAGCUUCACGGCGCUGCGGAAGCUGCGCAAGCACCAGCGGGGACACGACGCGGCACCGGCACCGGCACCGGGGCGGGAGGGGGGUCCGGCGGCGUCCCCGGGGCCCCCCCCCCGGGUGGGGCGUCGUCCGUCGCUGCGCUUCGCCUGCGCCCGCUGCGCCAAGGUGUGCAAGACGGCGGCGGCGCUGAGCCGGCACGCCAAGCGGCACCGCGCCGACGACGACGAGUCGACGCCCCCGGAGUCGCCGCCGCCCCCCGUGUCGCCACCCCCCGUGUUGUCACCCCCUUCU